AUGACUGAACAGACAAGUGAAGCCGGUCACCUCAAGAUUCGAGCUUGCUUGCUGCUUGUGGUGUGCCUAUGGCAUUGGACACAGCAAACUCUGGCAACAUCAUGCCAGGAUGGUGAACUGAAAAUAAUCAGUAAAGAUGAAAAGAAAUGCUGCCCCAAAUGCAGCUCAAACACAGACAACAGCCCGUGUCAAAAUAUUGAGGACCAUGACUGCAAAUGUCCUCAGGGAUACAGCUGUACCGAUAGUGCAUGUCAAUACUGCGAAAAACUGCCUGAAUGUGCAGAGGGCGAGGAGCUGGUUAAGCUUGGAAUUUUAGACUUCACAUUCAAAUGUAAACCGUGUGAGAUAGGAACCUAUGCUAAUGUUAAGAAUGGCUGGUGUCGUAACUGGACUGAUUGUGAGAGUUCUGGGUUUCUAACAAUCAAGCAAGGCAACAGCACACAUAAUGCUAUAUGUGGCUUCCCUGCUAAAGAUUUGGAGCAAGCUCUUAUUACAAAUGACUCUCUAUACACCACCGUCCUGGCCAUCCUUACAGCAGUGGCUGUAUUCGUUCUCAUCUUGCUGACCUUCUUCUUGCAUUUCUGCAUAUGGUCACUGAAGAAAGAAAAAUACCAUGCAGCUGACGAUCUGGAACGUAACUUCUCUAGGCUGCCGGUGGCUCCACAACCGUUACACCACAGAGAAGAGACUUACAGCUGCCAGUUUCCAGAAGAAGAACAUGGAGACAAAACACCAGAAGAAAAGCCUUGUGAUUUCUACCCUCAGAGUCUACAGUGA